AGCCUUGUAGAUGCACUAUAAAUGCUAGCUACUGAGAGUCCACCUUAUGCCAAACAUGGACGGUGACACUAAGGCUGCGGCCUAUCGCUUCGUCGGCUAUGCAGCGCUGAGCUUCUCAGCUGUAGCAGUACUAUCGAUAUGUGUGACACUGCCUGUAGUGUAUAACUACAUCCACCAUGUCCGUGCUAGCGUCCACCAUGAACUUAUGGAAUGCCGUGAGGAGGCCAAUAACAUCUACAGAGAUGUCAAUAUUAUCCCCGACAUGCCAGUCAGCAACCCCAGCAACCGAACAGCCCGUCAAGUGGCGGGACUGGAGAACCCAGACUACUGCAAAGGCUGCUGUCUUCCAGGACCGCAGGGACCUCCAGGACCACCUGGUAGACCCGGUAAACCAGGUAAAGAUGGUGCACCGGGAGCUCCAGGUAACCCCGGACGACCACCACAGGAGCCUUGCGAGCCCAUCACCCCACCGCCAUGUCCUCCAUGCCCUCCUGGCCCACCAGGAAAGAAGGGACCGAUCGGACCUAUGGGCAACCCUGGACCACAAGGACCAAUGGGCGAGAAAGGACCAGACGGACCGAAAGGCCCACCAGGUCUCAAGGGUAUGCAGGGACCGGCUGGCCCGGCAGGCAGUCCAGGACCUAUGGGAGAACCAGGCGAGCCAGGCAAGAGCGACGAGCCGAAACCUGGACCAGAUGGAGAACAAGGACCACCUGGUCCACCCGGACCUCAAGGACCUAUGGGACCACCUGGAAAAGAUGGCGAGAAUGGUCCUGAUGGAGAAAAGGGACCAGACGGUGUUCCUGGAAAACCAGGUGCCGAUGGAGAGGACGGCCCACCAGGACCACCCGGUAUGGAUGGACGUCCAGGAGAACGUGGUAUCUGCCCGAAAUAUUGCGCACUCGAUGGUGGCAUAUUCUUCGAGGACGGAACCAGAAGACGACGUUAAGCAGUCGUAUAGUCAUUGGAAUAAAGCA